UAAAUUUUGCUGCGCUCGCAGCCAAGUGAAUAUACGCCAAAACUGGAUUAAAUAAUCGUAAAUCGAUGCGGGAAAGUGCGAUAAACGUGCGGUGCAUGUUAUUUCACACGAAAGUGCAGUAUUUGGGGUGAAAUCUUGAAUGUAAAAAACCACCAGAAGUGGCCCGUGUCGCGGAUCCAGUCGACGACGCAGAGGGUUUUUUUUCUCAUCUUUUCUUCAUUCGCGCCCCGCUCCGUCGUGAGUGUAUUGUGUAUAUUGCAAGAUAUUCUACGGUGUGCUCAAUCAAUUCAAACGUAAAAAGAGAAGCAAAAAGACUAUUGAGGACAGGAUAGCGAAAUCGGAGGCGACCGUGUGAGUCAGCCGCACUUCGAAGCUCCGGACGUCUGGUCAGCAGACCUGCCCUCUAGACCGGAAGGUGCCCUUCCGACCGAAUCGACCGAGCCCAUUGUGUCUCGCAUCAGGCGGUACUCACAAAAGAUCACAUUCAAUGCAUCCUCUUGUGGCGUAAGAUCCCAAACACGAUUAGGACGAAUGAAUCACCGCCGUAGGCAGCGCAUAACCUAAGCAAAAAGAUCAACCCGCAGAUCGUGAGUUCGUUUCAAUUUGAUACCUUUUUUAACUAAGAUGGAUCCGGUAGGACCGUGGUCGUACUCGUAUAACCGGCAGCCCGGCACAGCUAGCAAUGAAUUCCACCACCAUCUAGCGACGGCAGCCGCAGCCGGUGGAAUCGGCCUUGCUGCUCAUAACACAACCGUUGGUGUGCCAUCAACAACGUCGCAGUUGCUGCUGCAAGCAGCUCACACAACGUCGCUCGGAACCACAUCGGGUCCGUUCAAUCCUCCCGGUUUUCUGUCACCCCCGGGCGUCAGUUAUGAUGCUGUUUUCACACCUUUGUUUCACCCGGCUGCUAAUCCGAAACCGGCCCACUACAGCUCGACUAUCAAUCAACAUCGGGUUCUGGCCCAAGCGCAGGCUCAGGCAGCAGUGAAGCAGGCCAGUGACUCUGAAGUACUGCGUGACAACUAUACGACUCAUCAAACGUUGGCUGUUGCUGCACAAGCAGCAAACUUUUUCGAACAGCAGCAGCAGCAACAACAGCAAACAACUAACACCAGUGCCGGUAGCGCCGGAUCCACAUCCACUAGUGGAUCCUGGCAGGGAAAUAAUCAACUUCCCAGCCCAUUUGGCAUCAUGCCCCACGAGAAUGUCGUUCAGUCCAACCCAGUGACAUCGGCAUCGUCGAAGACCACCACUACGUACGAAAAUUUCAACGCACAUUUCAGUUUAAACCAACAGUUGAACUCGCAGCUAGCCAGUAAGGCUUCGGCCAGGUCAGCAUCGCCUGCAGUUAACAGCGGAAGCAGCAGUGCAGGUUCCUCUAAAACUACUACGAAUUACUUCGCAUCGUCGAACACUAGCAGCAAUACGCAACAGUACGGUGGAGUAAAUGAAUCUCUUUCCAACUAUUCCAAUCAACAGCAGCAAGCCAGUAAACAGCAGUUGGACUACGGUGGUGCUAGUAAGUCAUUGCCGCCCUCUUCCGAUUCCGGUGGUCGUUCGUCUUCGCUUCAGCAGUCGUCCUCAUCUUCGUGCAUUGUUAUUACCCCAGUUUCUACUCCGACUAUCAUUUCCUCACCCUCAUCCCAGUCAUCUCCUUCAUCUUUCGUGACGGCUAGUGCGAAAGACUACAAGUACCAGUCUCGUAUCAUACCAUCCCAAACACCACUCGUUAAUUCUUCGAUUGUCUAUGCGUCUCGUAACCACAACGCUCAUCCUGUCGCAACAGCUGGCAGUUUGAUUGAUCCUAAAACCCGAUUGUUAUCACCAGGUCUUCAUACUCAACCCGUUAAUGCGCAACUGCAGCAAGUGCAACAGCAACAACUCCAGCAGCAGCAGCAACAACAACAACAACAACAGCAGCAGCAGCAGCAACUUCAUCACCAGCAUCAUCAUUUAGUACAGAUGAACAGUUUUAUCGUACCUCCGCCAACGGUAUCGCCACAGUCUCCGGUGCAUAACAGUAACAAGCUUGUACAUAAAGGUUCGUCCCACUCGAAAGGUGGCGGCGGAUCUUCGGCUACCAUCAAAUCCGAUGGCCAGCACAUAGUGAUUAGCCAUCAACCGCAGUCAUCGCCGAUUAGCUACUCUAUCACCGAUAACAAUGGACGAGCAAGCAAUUCGUCUGCUUCCUCGUCCACCUCGUCGAUCGCGGCGUCAACGACGACAGCGUCUAAACUAAAUAGUCCUAUUAAUCGUGUCAAUAACGGUAGUAGUAGUAGUAGUUCUAGUAUUUCUAGGAGUAACAGUAACAGUAGUAGUAAUCAGCAGCAGCAAUAUCAACAAAACAGUGCCUCUAGUAGCUAUAGAAGUAAUUAUAAUCAAUUGAAUGUAUCUGGUAGCAGCACUGAGUCCGUCGAUUAUGGCCGCGCAAAGCGUGAGCCUCCGCAGGCCCAGCAGUCCCAGCAGCAGUAUUCGAAUGGUCCCAUUGCGUCACUCUCCCGGCACCAGAUGACGCCCUCUUCACCGGCAGCAUCCGAUUACAGUAGUUCUUCGGGGGCAAUCCAAAGGCGUCCUCUAUCGCCGGCCCAUUCUCACUCUCAAGUGUCCCCAAUUAGUCCGGCCUACUCGAUGUACAACAGUCCGAUGGGCAAUACACUGUCGUCUCCACAACAUCAGCCCCAGCAACCGUCUUCUCUUCAAACGUCGGCAAUCCGCUCGCCGUCGAGUAAUAUUUCUCGGCAGUCUCAGCCGUCUCAACAACAACAACAGCAGACACAAUCACAACCAACACAACAGGUUGCGUACCCGUCGGUCAUAACGCGAACUCAGCAACAACCCCAAACAGUGCCAGGUUCAGCGCUGACGGCUCCCCUUCAAGUACCCACGCUUAGUCACUGGGACCACCGCAGUAGUACAAACGAACGGUCAGCGCAACCAGAGCGCAGUGAUCCGAUGACAAUAGUACGUAACCUACAACAGCCGAGUAUUAUUUCGUCACAAUCGGAGCGACCGCAACCUCCUCCCCAAGCAACACCCGAAAAGACUGAAUCGAAAUCGAGGCGGAAAAAGUCCGAAGCUCCAACGCGAAUCGUGCCGGCGGCAAGUGUGGCAAACGGAGAUUUCGGUGGCAGCUCCACCAUGACGAUAACGAAUGCGAGCAACAGCAACAGUAAAGAUCAAUCCCAAAAUGGCAACACGUUAGACUUUGAUCGAUGGAAUCUAUCGGCUCCUCCGGGAGCAGGAGCGGCGAAAAUGUUUACCAACAGUAACUUAAUGCCCCAGUCUCACUCAACCUCUUUUAUUCCUCCUCCCCAUCCGAUCUAUUACCCCGCGUUCCAUGGUCCCAUCCCGCUAAUACCCAACGAGAUUAUAAGUAGCACUCUGGCAGCAGCCGCCGCUGGAACUAAUCUCGAAGUCCCGACGUACACCACUCUACUCAGUGCGUCCGACAAUGCCCAACCGGUGGCUACAACCAAUGCUGACGGACGCGCCAGCGAAGACGAACAACCUUCCGCGAAUGCUGCGAGCAGCAACAAGGUUGUAGUUCCCAAUAUAGAGGAAGAACUUGGAUUUCUUGCAGAAAACACGAGGCAACCACACCAACAGCAGCAACAUCCACAGCAACCCCAGCAAGCAACGCAGCAACAACAACAACAACAACCGCAACAGCAAGGACACGGUCCUUCCAACGAUGCAGGAACAGCUGGAAACAAUGGCCUUGCGGCAGCACCAGCCAAAAAGUUCAAUGUUCCGCCGAAAGAUAGCAAGGGUUUUAUGGGCAGCUACCUAAAGUUCUUGCAAGGCGAACGGGACACCUCGCCGCCACCGGCGACCAGAACCAAUCGGAAAACAACCUGGACCCGGCCGGCUUCGAACGCCGGAAAUGCGGCCAAUAAAAACGCUGGAAAUGCUGCUAACAAAGUAGCUGCGGCGGCUGCGAAUCAAUCCCAAACUCAGCAGCAAACCCAAGCACAGCAGCAAGCACAACAACAGGCCGCCCAAGCCCAGACAACCCCAGCUGCUGCCGGGCAAGACGUUAGUAACGGUAUCUUUCAAGCUGACCAAUACAUGUCUAAUUUCCCUAUUCCACAUCUGCAGCAGAAGCAGUCGGACCACCUGCAACAGCAGUCGCAACAGUUGCAUCCGCUCCAGCAGCAACCGGAUCCACGAUACUCCGCCUACCCCGUCACGAAGGAUAACCGGAAACGCAAAUACGACUCUGAAGUUAAACUACCACACAUGUCAGCAGCCGAUCCCCUAACCGUUCCCCAGCGUCGUCAACCUUCGAAUCGGAAGGCAAAGGCCAAAGCCUCCAACAUACAGCAAAUGAUUGAGCGCGGCCAGGGCACCGGUGGACUAGAGGAACAGGCGGAUUUCGCGUCCGACUCCGACUCCGAUCCAGCCUGGACGCCUCAAGAGAAAGAGGAUGACGAAGAAGAAGAAGAUAUGAUGGGACGCAAGAAAGCUAAAGCACCGAAAAGUGUCGUUGGAAGUCCACGUGGCAAGCAACGACCGCGUUCGAAUAUUCUGUCAGUGGCUGCUGCCGGUGCCGGAAUUGCAGAUUAUGAAUACGGAAGUGAAGAUGACAACAACGCGUUGGCCCGAGGCGGUAACUCUCAAACUAUGGUAAAUCAAACUCAACAGCAGCAACAGCAACAACAUCAACAACAGCAGCAAGCAAUACAACAACAACAACCGAUGCUGCAACAGCAACUUCAGCAGCAGCAGCAGCAACUGUUACAACAGCAGCAACAACAGCAAAUGUAUCAACCAGCGACAGCUAUUCCCAACAAUCAACUGAUUCAAAAUCAGUACCUACAACAACAGCACCAGCAGCAGAUUCAGCAACAGUACAAUGCGGCGGCCAUGGUUAAUCAACAACAGCAACAGCAGCAGCAGCAGCAACAACAACAGCAACAGCAACAACAGCAGCCGCAGCAAUCACAGCAACCACAGCAAGCUGUAACCAAUAGCGACGAUUUUCAGACGGGCGACUUUGUCGUAAUCCGUUCCGAGCUGGUGCAAGAUUACCCGUCGAUCUGGCGGGUGGAUGGUAAAACAUUGCUGCAAAAGUACGAACCGUUCGAUCAGAAUGGGAAAACACUUCAUCGAAACGUGUCUACGUAUGCCGCCUGGAACGCGGACAGCAAGAAACUGUACGUAAAGAUACCGGUUCGCUUCCGGGUACACAAUCACAUGGAGUCAGUGGUCGAGUUUAUGCGCAACGAGAUGUCGAUCGACGAUACCGAACAGUUUCUGGAGAUGUCUAUGGACGAAACCAAGAAGUACCAGGACGUGUUCGAAGUGUACAUUCAAACGCUAAUCUCGCAGGCCUUGGAUUCGAACUUCUUGAAGGAAAUUUUCCAGGAACAAGACGACUACUUCCUAUCGCGAGUGCAAACGAUCGACAAUCUCACCGACGAUCGAAAGCGACGACUGAUCCAGAUUACGCCGUGGUCACGCAAUAUGAUCACCUCGAUCGCGACGUUCCCCGCGUACGACAUUAUGACCGAGUUGGGUCAUACCAACAUGAACCAUCCGGUUUGUGUCGCGUGCCAUCAGCCAGGAAUUUCGGUCCGCAUUGUACUGCAAGGUCAGACGUACAACACGGCUACACUGGCCCCCUGUCAGAUCCAGGACGCUCGGAUCCAGUACGAGAAGAACUUCCUGCUGUGUCGCAUCUGUUCGUCACGAUUCGAGCUGUUGCACAAAAUUUGCCACCAGAAGUACAUGAUGUUUGUCGAGUGCGCCAAACGCGUCAACCAGCAGAUUUCAAACGAUUCAUCCAAAGCGGCUACCAUAAUUUUAAACGAACUACUGGCCGAUGAGCAUUGGUUAACAAUGCUUUUCAAAGAGGUUCGCAGUAUUUGGGCCGAAAUCGAGAACAUGGAACGUCAGUAUCGAUUUCAGGUGGCAUCCCAAUGAGGACGGGAAAAGACGGCAAUAAAACCGACAUAGUAUCGUCACACAAGGUAAACAUUUCUUUUAAAAUCAAAUACAGAGCAAAUAGUCGAUUGGCUGAGCCAUCCUAGAUGAACCCAUAUGCGCAUGGAUGCAUAUGAGAAACACGCAAACACACACACACCCACACACACCUAUUUUAGCGCUUAAAAGUUAGAGCAGAGAAACAGUCAGCUAGACCCUUAGGCUUGGAGAUAAAAUUACUCGCUGGACCCACUAUAUAAUUGCACUACUCAUUAAUGAUUUUACACACUGCGCCCAAUAGAUUGAUGAAAAGUCUAUAAAACAGAGCAAAACGGCUAAAGGAAGAUACCUAAGUAUUCCCAUCGGUUAAGAGACCCUUUUAGCAAGCAAGCAGCACAACUCGAUAGCCAGCCUUACAUUUAAGUAUCGUUAGCCAUUUCCGGUUCCUUCCACUCUGAUCCUUUCGAGCGCGAAUCAUACGCUUCAAUACAAAAAGGAACUUUUUUUUCUGUUAUCGAAAUUAAAUUUGAAAGGGAAACUAAAGCAAAAAAUCCCGCGGACUUACCACACCUAAGUAUAGGCUCCGAAUACUGAAUUCGCUUAUUGUUAGGUAUUUUUAUAAACAAGAAGAGAAAAACAAUCGAAAAAAAAACAGAAACAAAACUAGUGCGCUGCAUUCAAGUCGUCUGUAAAAAGUAUG